GAAAUGGGCCAAUAGGUGAAAAAGGACCAAGUGGUCUCAAAACCAUGUUACCGUAUCCAAAAGAAAAACAUGCAUGAGUUCAUUUUUUAGAGAUCUGUAUUCAGCAGAGAGAGACCGUGUUUGAGGAGAGAAAAGAUGACAGUUGAAAAUAUUAAUUCACCAUACAGCUAAGGACAACAGAGUCUAGUCUCUCAUUUACUUCUUUCAAAUGUGGCAGUUGAGAAACUUGAUAGUGAAUCCAAUGGACUUACAAUAUAUAAUAACCUCACUCAUUCACUAGCACUACUACAUAUUCAUUCAGUUCAGUAACUGAAUACUAUACUAGUAAUUUACAACAAUGAGAGGUUUUUGCAAUGACUUUGUUGUGGUUGCAUUUGUUCUGUUCAAUGUUCUACUUGUAAGUGGUGGCUUAUUUCAAGUGGUGGAUGGUAGACAUGUUAAGAAUAAGGAUAAGGAUGACAAACAUUUGAUUCAUCCACCUCAUUUGUUAGGUCCACACGGAUUCAAACAUAGAAGGUUUGGUGGAGGUUUAGGAAUAGGAGGUGGUGCUGGUGGUGGUUUUGGUGGAGGUGGUGGUAUUGGUGGUGGAAUUGGUGGGGGUGCAGGUGGAGGACUUGGUGCUGGUGGGGGAAUUGGACAUGGUCUUGGUGGUGGGAUUGGUGGAGGAGCAGGAGGUGGUGGUGGACUUGGUGCUGGUGGUGGCAUUGGUGGAGGAGCGGGUGGUGGUCUAGGAGGUGGAGGUGGACUCGGUCACGGUCUUGGUGGUGGCAUUGGUGGAGGAGCAGGUGGAGGUGGUGGUCUAGGAGGAGGAGGUGGACUAGGUGGAGGUGGUGGUGGAGGAGGAUUGGGUCAUGGUAUUGGAGGUGGCAUUGGUGGAGGUGUAGGAGGAGGUGGCGGCAUUGGUGGUGGAGGUGGAUUGGGUCAUGGUAUUGGUGGUGGCAUUGGUGGAGGGGCAGGAGGUGGAAGCGGCAUUGGUGGCGGAGCAGGAGGAGGUGGUGGCAUUGGUGGUGGAGCAGGAGGAGGUGGUGGCAUUGGUGGUGGAGGUGGAUUAGGCCAUGGUAUUGGUGGUGGCAUUGGAGGAGGGGCAGGAGGUGGCAGCGGCAUUGGUGGUGGAGCAGGAGGAGGUGGCGGCAUUGGUGGUGGAGGUGGAUUAGGCCAUGGUAUUGGUGGUGGCAUUGGUGGAGGGGCAGGAGGUGGUGGUGGAAUUGGUGGAGGGGCAGGAGGUGGAGGUGGUAUAGGAGGUGGUGCAGGAGCAGGUGGUGGGGUUGGAGGUGGAGCUGGUGGAGGUGGUGGUAUAGGUGGAGGAGGCGGUUUUGGUGGGGGCGGUGGUGUAGGUGGAGGUGCUGGAGGAGGGGUUGGAGCUGGUGGUGGAUUUGGAAAAGGAGGAGGCAUUGGGGGAGGGGGUGGUUUUGGUGGAGGAGGCGGUUUUGGAGUUGGUGCUGGCAUUGGAGUUGGCGGUGGUGCUGGAUUUGGUGGGGGAGCUGGUGGCGGGGGCGGCUUGUAGGCGGUAUGAACUAGUGUUGAAUGUUGAUACUGAGUAGUGAAUUAUAUAUUGUUUUACUUAAUUCCUGUCAAAACUGUGAUCCAUAUGCCUAGUAAUUUUUAGUACUCAAGCUACAAUCCACUCUGGUGUGUAAUUCAAAUACUACUAGUAUUAAUUAUGCUUUAUAGGUCAUAUAAUAUGUGAAACCAAGCAUUAUUAUAAACCUGUAAUAUGAUCUCUGUCAUCACAAUGUUAUUAUGAAUAUUCAGAUGGUUUUGGUGUGUGUA